CAGCUGCCUUGAGAUUACUGGUGAGACAGGAACUGUUCUUCUGGUAAGACGGCUAAGACGGCUCGAUACAUGCAAUGAUCGACACAUCUAUACGACACUAACGUCGGAUAUUGCUGAAGAUAUCAUUCGAUUUAUCACUCGCCCUAUUGCACUGAACCUUCAAACACCAGCAAUCAUGCAGUCCUCUAUCCUUCCCCUGGCUUCUGCUAUGGUCCUCAUCUCACAGGCCAUUGCAGGAGCGAUUUCUCCUCGCGAAGCAUCUCUCGCUCAUUUUCAGAUAUUCGGCGACGAUAACUGCACUACUGCCGAAAGCAUGGGUGAAUUCAAUCUUUAUUCUGAGGAUACCGACAAAUGUCACACAUUUCCCACUGACAAGGCUGUCAACUCUGUUUACAUUUCUUAUAUCGGCGAUGAAUGUGCAGUCGGACUGUACACAGGUACAACCUGCUCAACUGGCUCUGACAAUAUAGGUCCAAACUUUUGCUACGGUCGUUUUAUUACCUAUGGAAGCUACAAUAUUGUUUGCGCUUAAUUGUAGAUACCUUAGGAACUGUUAGAUUGCCUCAGGCUACACCAAUGGAUAUGGUUUAUCUUGUUCGAUUUCGGUCGAAGCAAUUACUGCCCGGCGACAAGUCGCUGCGGAGCGAUAGCUGCAGGCUUGUUUGUAUUACGCCGAAUGUAUUGCUUAUUCUAUAGCUCAGUAGGUAGCUAGAUUAAGCUAACGGAAUUGCUGCUCUUCAUAUGGCAAAUUCUCGACAAAACAUAGAUUAGCAGGGCCGUUUCUGGGUCUUAUAAACUACAACAUGGGGGUAAACUGCAGACAAAUAUAUAAUUGAAUACUUUUGCCCUCCA